AGGCGCCUGGGCCGCCGGGCAAGCGGCCGCGCGUGGGGGAGGAGGGCUCGCUGAGCUUGCCCGCGCUCCGGCUGCAGGUCGAGCACUACCUCAGCGAUGUGAGCCUGGAGACCGACGAGUUCCUGCACGACAAGGUGGACGUCGACGGCUCCAUCGCCGCCGAGUGGCUGCGGAGCUGCCCGAAGGUGCAGGAGAUUGGCGAACUGCGCGGAUGGCCUGUGACCGACGAGGAGUUGGCCUCGGCCCUGGAGGGGUCACCCGAGAUCGCGGCGGAGUGGUCGCCGCGUGCCCAGGAGGAGGGCGCCGCCGGGCCCUCGCUGCGAGUGCGGCGCCCUCUGCCGCUGCCGGCCCUCCGCAGGGCCGGGUGGCUCGCGCAGCAGGUGGAGCAGCGGCGGUCCGCAGAAGACGACGAGCGGGCGCCCGCGGACGGCGCGUGCGCCGAGGCGCCGCUGGCGGCCGUCGGCGCCCGCGUCCGCGAGAGGGGCGCGGGGGCCGUGGGCAGCGUCGUCGCCGUGGACGGCUCGGAGGCCACAGUGGCGCUCGCCGACGGCGACUUCCGCGUCCUGUCGCUCCACGAGCUCGAGGCGGCCCCGGGCGGCUGACGCCCCCGCCGCCGACCGCUGGCGCGCCCCGCCGCCGACCAGCGGGCGGCCUCGCGGCGGGCGCCGCCGCCG